AUGGAGGAUGGCGUUGAAAACCCUCGCAAACGUCUCAAGACAGGCGAAGAAUCCGGACAUAUGACGCAGACAUCAGUGGGCGCCGCGUGCCUGCGGUCGAGGGAGAAGCUGCUUGCAAGGGAGCGGGACUACACGCACUACUUCGCCACGAACGUGGGAGGACAGGAAGGAGCCGACCAGUUCGUCUACCAGCAUUUCAACUCGCUCUGUGUCGUGGGGCUGGCUCCCUCGCACGUGGCGUUCAGAGAUGGGAGGAGGAUCGUUGCCGUGGACUUCGACGUGGGACGAUCAGGCGACAAGACGGAAGUGAAGCCGUCAGGGAAGAAGAAGAACGGAUCCUUGUUUGUCAAGGAAGACUCCCGACUAUGUGAUGUGGUGUGCGAUGAUGGGAGCAGGUUCAAGAUACGAGCUGCUAUACAGGGCCAUCUGCUUGAAAUGAACUCCAACCUGCAGAGCAACCCAGACCUGCUCAACUUGAAGGCUUCAUCCGAGGGCUUCAUCAGCAUCAUCCAACCACGACGAGAGCUCGAGAACAAGCUGCGGGAGUCUUGCAAGCUGUUGUCGCUGGACGAGUUCAACAAGGUUCGGUCCGUCGAGAGCGUGGAGUGA